AAACUCUAUUAGUAAAACUCCCAUCAAAUGCUCAGUGUGAGCACAGUGCCUGUAGACUACUUAGUGGCAGCCAGCAGAGGAACAGUAGGACUCUGGUGCCAUUUAUUACACUCUUACUUCUGCUUACUUAUACUCUUACUACUGCUUACACAGUCUGUAAGCAUACCUACCCCUUUCUACCUACCAUAGCUCCAAGCAAUGCUGAUUUUAAUGCCAGAAGUGAGAAAACAUCCAAUAAGAGCUUCAAAGAUGGCUCUCUGCUCCUCCCUGUUCCAGAGACAGCCACAUCUUCUCGUGCAGUGCCAGCCUCGUCCCAUAGACAAGAUGGUGAAAAUCGCUGUGCACGGAUUUGGCCGAAUAGGAUGCCUGGUUACCAGGGCUGCCUUCUCUUCAUCUGACAAAGUGGACAUUGUUGCCAUCAACGACCCCUUCAUUGACCUCAACUACAUGGUCUACAUGUUCCAUGAUUCCACCCAUUGGCAAUUUCAAUGGCACAGUCAAGACUGAGAAUGGGAAGCUUGUCAUCAACGGGUGCUUGUCAUCACCAUCUCCAGGAGUGAGAUCCCGCUAACAUCAAAUGGGGUGAUGCCGGUGCUGAGUUUGUUGUGGAGUCUACUGACUUCACCACCAUGGAGAAGGCUGGGGCUCACCUGAAGGGUGAGGUCAAAAGGGUCAUCAUCUCUGCCCCUUCAGCUGAUGUCCCUAUAUUUUUGAUGGGUGUGAACCACAAGAAAUAUGACAACUCCCUCAAGAUUGUCAGCAAUGCAUCCUGCACCACCAACUGCUUAGCACCCCUGGCCAAGGUCAUCCAUGACAACUUUGGCAUCGUGGAAGGGCUCAUGACCACUGUCCAUGACAUCACUACCAUUUUGAAGACUGUAGAUGGCCCCUCUGGAAAGCUGUGGCAUGAUGGCCGUGGGGCAGCCCAGAACAUUAUCCCUGCAUCCAAUGGUGCUGCCAAGGCUGUGGGCAAGGUCAUCCCAGAGCUGAACAAGAAGCUCACUGGCAUGGCCUUCUGUGUUCCUACCCACAAUGUAUCCACUGUAGAUCUGACAUGCCAACUGGAGAAACCUGCCAAGUCUGAUGACAUCAAGAAAGUGGUGAGGCAGGCAUCUGGGGACCCACUAAAGGGCAUCCUGGGCUACACUGAUGACCAGGUUGUCUCCUGCAACUUUAACAGCAACUCUGACUUUUCCACCUUUGAUGCUGGAGCUGGCAUUGCUCUCAAUGACAACUUUGUAAAGCUCAUUUCCUGGUAUAACAAAGAGUAUGGCUACAGCAACAGGAUGAUGGACCUCAUGGCCUGCAACGAGUAAGAAACCCUGGACCACCCAUCCAGCAAGGAUGCUGAGAGCAAGAGAGAGGCCCUCAGUUGCUGAGGAGUCCCCGUCCCAACUCAGGCCCUAACACUGAGCAUCUCCCUCACAAUUUCCAUCUCAGACCCUCCAUAAUAACAGGAGGGGCCUAGGGACCCUUCCCUACUCUCUUGAAUACCAUCACUAAAACUUGCUGCACCACAAACAGGAAAGAAAAAGGAGCAUCAAAGGCUAGUCAGUCUACAACACAAAAGCCUUCAACUAACCGUUCUUAACUUGCUUAUGUUAUCCCACAAAUGAUCUCAGAGAGUCUUAUGUCUUCAACUUCAGGACUCUUGGUUCUUCUACAUUGCUAUCCACACAUAUCCUGUGCCUUAUACAUCAAGAGUUCUGGGCAGCAGCCAGAGAACUCCUUUAGUGUGUUUCCUCUACUCCUGUGAAAUGCAGGUGGUGAAUGAAGAAAACCCAGAAAUGGGCCUUUGGCCAAUUCUCACCAGUUAGUUGCUCAAUCACUUUGAACCAAACUGGGAUCAAACAAAUCAUCUGAUUCAGUUUCCUUGGAUACUUUUAGUUUUAAUAGUCUAAAUGUAUUGAAACGUGGAUCCAAACUCUCAGAUUUUUCUCUUAAAUUUGAUUUAUAUUAAAAUUGUAUUACAAUUAUGUGGACUUGUUUGUGUCUUUGCCAUUUGAUAAAUUACUUGAAUUUUGUAGCUAUAAUUUUAUCUAGAAAAGUAUCAACACCUUCUCUUUACGUUUGCAAGUACUCCACUCUUGUUCUUCUUUAAG